AUGCCUGCCAUCCAACCCACAACAGAAACAAAAAUCACACAAACAUCCACGAUGAAUAACGCUAUAAGCUUGCUCAAGCGCAGCAGCAUGAGCAAUCCCGACAAAUACCCCCUCUACAUCUUCCUCAUCAUCGCCGGCUGCAUUGUAGGCGGGCUCAUCGGCUUCAGUGUAUACACCAUGUACUACGGCCUUGACGACUCAGAGAAGUUCAAGGACGUGUCCUACGAGCAACGAAAAUACAUGCGUGAGGCCAGACAGCGGAAUAUGAACAUGUUGGCUGUCGAGGCGAGGAGACCUGAUAUGAUUGUUCCUAUCAGGGAAUUGAAUGCUUGA